AUGCACCCAAUUCCUGGAGCUGGAUAUUAUGGAAGGACGAGCUACCAGGCUUUCUACGCACUGAGAGAGAUGGUGCUUCCUCCUGCUAGCAUUGAGCAUCAACUUGGAUUGCAGGAGAUCAAAGCGACUCAUACCCUGGCCAGCACCAAGGCAAGCUUAGCACCAGAAACCUUGGUUUACACGUUCGAUGGGCUAUCCCAUUGCCUCAACAUGAUACCGCCUAGCCUACAGCCUCCUCCUCCGAUACUUCCACUCCAUACCCAGGGACAGCUUGCGACUCUAGUGUAG